UGUCAUAUGUCAUAUACGAGCGACGCAGUCAUAAGUCGUGACUUUGUGAAUGUGUUAAACCACGGAACAGGUGUUUUGAUUCCCUUGAAUCUUUUGUUAUAAAGUGACAGUUAACAGUUCACAGAUACGUUUUCAAAAGGGUGACUGUUCAGUGUCCAUUUUAAAGAUACGUACAACAUCGAAACGAAGAAAUUAUCAUUUCUCUGUUUACGUCAUCUGAUUUUGUUGAGUGUUCGCCAUGCCAAUUUUGUAUACAGUGGUGGCCAGAGGGCCUACGAUACUCGUGAAACAUGCCACCUGUGCUGGAAACUUUCAAGAAUUCACGGAGAUAUUUCUUGCCCGAAUUCCUCCUCAAAACGACAAGUUAACGUACUCGCACGGAUCUUAUUUGUUUCAUUACAUCUGCGAGAAUAACAUUAUAUACAUGUGUAUCACGGAUGAUGAGUUUCAAAAGUCCAGGGCAUUUUUGUAUCUUACAGAAAUUAAAAGAAGGUUUCUGACUAUUUACGGCGACGGUGCGCAAACCGCUCUCGCAUACUCAAUGAACACAGAAUUUGGUAGAAUUUUAGCCAACGAAAUGAAAUAUUACGACGAGUCGAAUAAGGACAUCGACUUAUUGUCUAAAGUUCACGGUGAACUGGACGAAUUGACUGAUAUAAUGGUGAAAAACAUCGAUAGUUUAACUACGCGUGGCGAACGAUUAGAGCUUCUCGUACAUAAAACGGAAAAUCUAACUGCUAGCUCCGUUACGUUUAGGAAAACCAGCAGAAACUUGGCUCGUUCGUUGUUCUGGAAGAACGUUAAAAUUUAUUUAAUUAUCGGUGCUAUCCUAAUCGUUGUGACGUUCGUUAUUGUGUCCUUGUCUUGCGGAGGUCUUACUUGGCCAAAUUGCGUCGGAAAGUAAUAAACGUACGCAACGUACAGACGGAAUAUAGCGUCUCUGAAAUGUGAUGAAAAAUUAUCUGAAUAUGGGUCGAU